UUUUUGCCUUUGGUAUUUAUUUCCUCUCUCUCUGUCUAUCUUCUGAACUUUAAGGGUCUUCCAACUUCCACGCUCUGAGCACUGUCGAUCGUUGUUGGUUUCCGUUAAACCAACUGGCGCCCAAAUAAACGAAUUGUUUAAUCGAUUUAAUGAAUAAUUCGACAAUUAAGUUGUCGAACCCUUGAGCCCUGGCAGCCCCUGACCCAGGCCGCGCCAGGUGAAGGCCUUCAGCCAAUUUGUAACAACCCCCGAGUAUUAAUUAAUUAUUAUUUAUCGACAUUUAUUUAAAAGGAAUAGGGCCUUGUCUCAAUUGGCGCCCAACGUGGGGCCGCGUUGGAUUUUUUUCUUUGAAAAUCUACUGUAGAAUCAGUGAAAUUGAAAAUGAAUAUUUGAUGAAAAUUUCUCUAAUGUGUAAGAGAGAGAGAAUUAGGUGUUGGAAUUUGAACGCUCAGUGUCACGGCCGAGCGCAAUGUUUACCUAGAAUAGAGCCAUAAAGGGACCCAAACAGUGGUGGUCAUCCCUUUUCUUCUCUUUUCCAAAUAGUCGAUUAAACAUUUCACACUCUCUCUAAUCUCUAAACCUUUUCUAUCUUUCUUAAGAAAUUUACUGUGAUAUUAUUGUACUAUUAAAAUGGAAAUUGAAUAAUAUAGAUACGAUUUGCCAUACUUGUCGACUCUUCCACACGUAUUUGUAAUUAAGUGCCGAGUGAUCUCGUCCGUCUGUAGUCGAGGUCACUUGAUUGUUAUUCGAUUGGGAAAAUCUGGUGCCUUGUUCGUCUGUUAUCAGGGUAUUAGUGACAGACUCGAUUGAAUUAUCUUUGUGAAAAUUAUUUAUUUAUUUAUUCUGUGAGUUUGAAUUACCCGGUUUUCAUGAAAUUGAAUGGUCAACUUCGGAACCUCUAAAAUAGAAAAUAAUUUUGUUUGUGAAAUUGAAGUAAGCGAUUAAAAUAUGAUGCACUCUCCACCCCUAAAUAAAAAAAGAAAUAGGUCGACCGAAGACCAAGAAUGUAGGCAGGGUAAUUUAACAGCACCUGCGGGGUCCCAAGACCCCGAUGAACAUAGUAUGAUUACAACUCCGACACCAACGACAAUCGGUAGGGGGAGAGGGUCGAGGGUCACGUCACCCAUAACAAAUAUUGUACAAGGCGAAAUCUUGUCACAAAUUAGUAACCUUGAAACUAGAUUAAAUCGUUUAGAAUUACUAGAAGAAAAAAUCGGGGAUUUAAGCAAACGAACUGAAAUUCACGAUGAGAAAAUAGAUUAUUUGAGCAGUAAAGUCGAUAGAAUUGUAGAUUUAUUAGUCGGGCAGAGUCAGAAUUUGAACGGAUCGGUGGAUGGAUGUUCCCGUCGAUCCCAUGUUAAUGAUGAAUUGAAUAGAGAUGGCACUUCAAGGCUAGAAGUGCCUCCCAAUAGUAGAAAAGUUAAUUUGAGAAACGAUAAUGAGGAUAUUGAAAACUUGAAUGGUUCGGUGGAUGGACGUACCCACCAACCAAACCCUAGCUUUGAGGGUACACCUCACCCGUCUGUGGGGGGUGCAUCUGAGCAAGUCAAUGAUGAAAGACCUACGCCAGUUCCCCGAAGUAGUGGGGGGGCGUUUGUGUCAAUGAAUGAAAUUCGUCAGGAGGGAACGUCUGGACUCCCACCUGUUCGUGAUUUUAAUAUUAGUGGCGGUUCUGUCGAAAGAGAAUUACGACACGUCCAUUUUGCAGGGAAUUCGAAUGCGAAUUCACAAAAUAAUAGACAAAGAAUUCAAGUCUCUUACACGCUACCCAACGGUAGGGAAAUUGUUGAGGAACGGUUUAUACAUACGUCCGAACUUCAAAACUUUGGAAAUAACGACCACGGUAAUACUCAAAAUACUCAAACGGUUUCAACUAACCUUCGAACACAAACAAUAAAUAACUUGCGUACAAACUCGCCAUUUUCCCCAUUUCGCAUUAUCGGGACAGAAAAUGCGACAGGGCGAGGAAGUUUAUCUCUUCAAGAUUACGCGACAAAUAAUUCCGGGAAUUUCAAUGAAAAUCAACCGGUCGAAGUGUCAUCGACUGGAUUACAACAACCGUGGGAUAUGAAUACCGGGAUUAGGGUAACACGCCUGGUUAGCGAUUGGAAAUUGAAUUUUCCUCAGACAGAAAAAGACCCUGAUCAAUUUCUCCUGAUAUUAAUGGAACGACUCGACACAACCGGUAUAAACAAAGAUUUAUUUGUCCCGUGUUUAUCCGCGAUUUUCGAAGGCCCUCACAGAUCAUGGUAUUUGAUCAACAAAUCGAAAUGGAGGUCGUGGAAAGAUUUCGCGACGGCGUUUCGACAUAAUUGGGCGGUAAAAAAGGACGACAUGGAUUUAUACUCAGAAGUAGGCAAUUUAACGGUCGAAAGGGGCGAGAGCUUAGCGGAAUUUACCUAUCGCGCUCGUUUUCUUUUUGAACGUAUGACUAAUCCUCCGACAUUUCAAAAACAAAUCGAUCAAAUUAUUAAAAAAUACAAUCCAAGGAUCGCGCUUGAAAUUUUAGGGUUAGGAAUAAAAAAUUAUGACGACUUUCUCGAAUUUUCUAACGUACGUGGCGACGUCUUCAAACAAGUCGUCGAUCGAAAACGGGGGAGGUUCACUCGGAAAAAAGUCGAUCUUAAUUGUAUGAAAAUUGAAACAUCCGACAUAGAAGAUGAAAUAGGUUCGAUAGACGAAGAAGAGCCUAGCGAAAGCGAAGAAACAGGAUUAAAUGCAAUAGAGUCAAAACAACACGCGUAUAACAAUAAGUCGAGGAGUCAAGGCUCAAAAACAAUGGUACGUAAAAGACUCGAAAAUAACCUCGCGAAUUUUGAGAGGAAAAGUAAAGAAAUAAAGGAUACGCCUGCCCAGCAUGAUUACAGACCAAAAAGAAGAUUCGAUGCACCGAGAGAUUGGUCAAAGAUACUUUGCUACAAUUGUGGGCAGACGGGUCACUCCUCACGCGGUUGUACUGCCAAAAGACAGGAGGUGUGUCACGUCUGUCAGCAAGUUGGGCAUGUCAAUGAAAAUUGCCCUACACUCUCGGGAAACGAAAAAAGCCCUCAGUAGAAUCGCCUCCGAUCACUGAACAAAAGGGCAAAAC